AUGCCCCGGAGGAAGGCGGCGGGGCCGCCCUGGGAGCCGGGCCCCGGCAGGCGGCGGCCCGGGGCGGCGGCGGCGGCGGCGGGAGGGAGGCGGCGGCCGCGGCCGGAUCGCGGCGGAGGAGGAGGAGGAGGAGGUGGAGGAGGAGGAGGAGGAGGCGGCGGCGGCGGCAGCAGCGGCGGCGGCAGCAGCGAGGAGGAGGCGCCCCGGGAGCGGCGGCCGCGGGACGGGAGCCCCGGCGGGAGGCGGCCCGGCAGGCCCGGGGGGCCCGGCCCGGGAGCCAACGUCGGGGGUCCAGGGCCCGGCGGGGCGGCGCGGGGCCAGGCCGUGGUCAUCUGCGAGCCCGAGCACAGCAAGGAGCGCAUCAAACUCGAGGGCUCCAAGUGCCGAGGGCAGCUCCUGAUCUUCGGAGCCACCAACUGGGACUUGAUCGGCCGCAAAGAAGUGCCUAAGCAGCAAGCUGCAUAUCGGAACCUGGGCCAGAAUCUGUGGGGGCCACACAGGUAUGGGUGUCUCUCAGGUAUUCAGGUGCGGAGCGUGGUGUCGGGACCGUGCGCGGCUCACAGCCUCCUCAUCACCGCCGAGGGCAAGCUCUGGAGCUGGGGUCGCAAUGAGAAGGGGCAGCUGGGCCACGGGGACACCAAGCGCGUGGAAGCCCCCAAGCUUAUCGAGGUGCUGGGCAGCGAGGCCAUCGUGCUGGCAGCGUGCGGCCGCAACCACACGCUGGCUCUCACAGAGAGUGGCUCCGUGUUCGCCUUUGGGGAGAAUAAAAUGGGGCAGCUGGGGCUUGGCAACCAAACGGAUGCUGUUCCAAGCCCUACACAGAUCAUGUACAAUGGGCAGCCCAUCACCAAAAUGGCCUGUGGGGCCGAAUUCAGCAUGAUCAUGGACUGCAAAGGAAACCUCUACUCCUUUGGGUGCCCUGAGUAUGGGCAGCUGGGGCACAACUCAGAUGGGAAGUUCAUCGCCCGCGCGCAGCGGAUCGAGUAUGACUGCGAGCUGGUGCCGCGCCGCGUGGCCAUCUUCAUCGAGAAGACCAAAGAUGGGCAGAUCCUGCCCGUCCCCAACGUGGUGGUGCGGGACGUGGCGUGCGGGGCCAACCACACGCUCGUCCUGGACUCGCAGAAGCGUGUUUUCUCCUGGGGCUUCGGCGGCUACGGGCGGCUGGGCCACGCGGAGCAGAAGGACGAGAUGGUGCCGCGGCUGGUCAAGCUCUUCGACUUCCCGGGCCGCGGGGCAGCGCAGAUCUACGCCGGCUACACCUGCUCCUUCGCCGUCAGCGAAACAGGCGGCUUGUUUUUCUGGGGUGCCACCAACACCUCCCGCGAGUCCACCAUGUACCCCAAAGCCGUGCAGGAUCUGUGCGGCUGGAAGAUCCGCAGCCUGGCUUGUGGGAAGAGCAGCAUCAUCGUGGCGGCAGAUGAGAGCACCAUCAGCUGGGGGCCAUCUCCCACCUUCGGAGAGCUGGGCUACGGGGACCACAAGCCCAAGUCAUCGACGGCUGCCCAAGAGGUGAAGACCUUGGAUGGGAUCUACACGGAGCAGGUGGCCAUGGGCUACGCCCACUCGCUGGUGAUCGCCCGUGACGAGAGCGACGCCGAGAAGGAGAAGCUGCGCAAGCUGCCCGAGUACAACCCCCGCACCCUCUGAGGGGCCGGGGGGCAGCCGAGCCGCCCACCCCGGUUUUCCAAGCGAUCCGCGGUUUUAACUACCUGUUCUCCUACAAUUUCCAAAGCGUUGGGUUUUUCCCUCAGCACCACGGCCAAGACCUUCCCCCGUGGCUGUUUGAGUUCCCAUCCCAACCCUAGCAGGACCUUUUGGCACAUCCAGGCUUUUUCAUUGUUGUUUUGUUGGUUUGGUUUUGUUAUUUUUUUCUCUUUUCUCUGCUGUUUCGCACAGAAAGGAAGGUGCCGGGUUCGCCUGAACAGGUGUCCAUUUUUUUUACUAUUCUUUUUCCUUUUCCUAGCCACAAAUUUCCCCACAAGCACCCAGCUGCGGGCUCAGAGCAAAACUCAAGCAAAACACCGCAAAAUGCCUUUUUGCCCUGCAAUAUUGCAUUUUUUUUGGCAUUUCUCCCAAGCAGCCUCCACUUUGGGUGCUGUAAUUGUGAGGUUCUGAUCCCCAGCAUCCCUUUUUCCCAGGAGGAUUUAGGGACAAGCCUGUUGUCCCUCACUCUCGGGGGACAAAGCGGGUCCUCUCCCCAGCCCUGCAUCAUUUGGGGGCUGGAUGCCCCCAAGCCACCUGCCCCCCGCUUUCGCGCCCCCCAACGCCCCCCCCGCUGCCCAUCCCAGGGCGAUCUCAGGUAUGAAGAGCGGGCCCUGAAGCGUCAUGCAAGCUUUUCCCUUUUUUUUUUUGUUAAUUAUUAUUAUUUUUAUUAUUAUUAUUAUUUCCACUGCCUGGUAUCUGCCAAAAGCCCCUCCUCAGGCAACGCUGUGCACUGUGCUGGAGAAACGAGGUGCCUUUAUACGCAGAGCCCGGCUCUGCCUCCACAAAACCCAAGGGUGUUUUUUUUAUUAUUAUUUUAUUUUAUUUUUUAGUUUUUAGGGUUUAUUUUGAUUUUUUAAAAUUCCUUUCCACUCUCCCUGGCAGGUCGCUGGCGGUGCGCCACGUGGCCCUGCGGGGAAUUUUGCAGUACUUUAUGGAAAAAAACGAAUUAAAAGGGGGUUCUUUAUGUUUGCUUUGGGGUUUAUUUUGGGGUUUGUUUUGGUGUGUUAGAGUCAAAACUUCCAGGACAGGGAGAGCAGCAGGGUGGAGAAGUUGGAUAUUCUGUUUUCUUGAGCAAUACUAGCAUUUGCUGCAAGUACCCAGCCCUUCUGAAAAUGGGUGGUGAGGAGGUGGGUGCAUGCAGCACCCCACAACGGGGCUUUUCUAGCCUUAUCCCCCAAUUUUUUCUACCUGCAAUGAAUAUUUCAGGGUCAUCACCAUCAGCUGCCUACCCCAAAUGGGUACGAGGGGAUGCUGCGGACUGUGUCAUGAUAGGGGUGGAAAAAACAGCAAAACCCCCACUUUCACCCCCCAAAAGCAAUUUGGGCUUGUCUUGCUUUUACACAAAAUAUUUGAGGCUCGAAUCGGUGCUCCUGGUAAUGUUCUCCCCCAUGUGCCGCCGUGUCCUGGCAGCGGGCGAGCGAAGGAGGAGGCUGGAAGAAUAAAAUAAUAAUAAACCACGAGGCUCUCGGAGCAACGUUCCUUUUAGGUGAGACGACAGGUUCCUGGUUUAGUGCUGUAAUUGUCCUCUUCAUGUUUUUUUUAUAUUUCUUGGAGUAAAUGUUUAAAUAAACGACGUCAUUGUGUACA